AUGGGUGUGCAAGAGGAACUCGUCGCCCUGAAGAGGAAGAGGGCAAUCAGCAAAGGGAAGUUCACCAGGAAGGUAACUAUGUGCAAUGAAGGAAUCAAUCGAGGUGGAGAAGCACUUCAAGCAGUGAAGGGCUCAGAGGGUAAUUAUGAUGAAAUGAUUCAACGUUUGGAUGAUAAAUUUGGGAAUUCAAGAAAGAUUGUAGACUUAGUGGUUGGUGAGCUUAGAUCUCUAAAGAAAAUUUAUGAUGAUGAUACCAAAGGAUUUAUUAAAAUGGUCGAUCAGGUUGAGCAAUGUUGGCUUGAUUUAAAAAAGAAGGAGAGAAAAAUUUUGGAAUAUAUGAAUUCUAAUGUUAGGAGUAGCGGUAGUGAUAAUAAGGCAACAGUCCAUCAUGUUGACAGCACAGUUGAGAAUGAAUUGGAAUUGAUAAAAUUGGUGAAAAAAAUCGGGGAAGAACAAAGUAUAAAAAAUAAGGAAUUUGAAUCUUGCAUUGUUAACUUGACAGAAAUGGUGAAAGGUAUUAAACCUAAGGCAGAUAGUAAGGGGAUAGGAUGCCUGUUACACAAUUCAAUUGGUCAUGAUAUAACAGAAUGUUAUAAAUUUAAUGGUUGUGGUAGCAAAGAAAGUUUUGAGAUUAUAAAGGGUAAUGGAAUAUGUUUUAGGUGUCUAAGGGGAUAUCAUCCUGCUCGUAGCUGCAAGGUGGGUACAUUGUGUGAUGUCAUCAUUGAAGGUAAAGGGCCAUGCAAUCGUAAUCAUCAUCCACUGUUGCAUUCCGAUAGAGUAGAAAAUAGUAUUCACAAAGCGAUAUCAGAAAAGGGAUUUGCAGUGUUGUUGAAUAUCAGUAUGGUGAAUAGUAAGAACAUGCCUGUUAAUGUACUGUGGGAUCCAGGAGCGGAUAUUUCAUUUAUAACAAAUAGGAUGGCUAAGAAAUUGGGUUUAAGUGGAAAGCAUAUAAAUUUAUCCAUGAUCAAAGUGGGCAAUGCGGUUGAAUAUCACUCAAGCAACGAAUAUUGUGUACCACUAAUUGAUAAAUCUGGUAAGGUUUGGAAUGUGAAUGCUGUUGGUAUUAAUGAAAUAACAGCCAAAAUCAAGAAAGUAGACUUAUCCAGGGUAUCUGAACUUUUUGAGGGAAUAUCAAACUUAGAGCUGAAUCGCCCACAUGGGGAAAUUAAUAUGCUUAUUGGUGCUAAUUAUUGUGAAAUAUUGCCAAGGGUUGUUGAAACAAAUAAGGGUCUCCAGCUGCUAGAAAAUCAGUUUGGGCUCAGCAUACGUGGUAGACAUGAUGAAAUUACCAAUCAAGUUAAUAGUAGUAAUCAUGUGUUUGUGAGAAUUCAUAAACUUUUCAAGUUCAGUAAAUUUGAAUGA